AUGAAGUACCCGAGAAGUGGAGGCUUCAAGAAAGGCGGUAAAAAGGGUUCGAAUGACAGAGAUCCAUUCUUCGAGCAAGAGACCAAGAAACGUAGGAAAGUUAGUUACGACGACGAAGACAUCGAGUCUGUUGACUCAGACGCGGAAGAGAACGGCUUUGCGGAAGAUAAGAGAGAAGCUGAAGAACCUGAGGAAGAAGAUGAGUUUGCGGACGAGACGGCGGGAGAGAAGCGGAAGAGAUUAGCUGAAGCGUUGCUUAAAAGAACCAGAGAAGCAAGGCAGAGAGAGCGUGAAGAACGUGAUGAUGAUGAAGAUGAUGAUGAGGAAGAUGAUGAUGAUGAUAUUGUCAAGAUGUUGAUGAAGAAGCAGCUUGAGGAUACUGGUAGGGUUCGAAGAGCCAUUGCAUCCAGGGUUCAGGAGCCACUUAGUAGUGAUGGGUUUAGUGUUAUAGUCAAGCACCGACACUCUGUUGUGGCGGUUGCUUUGUCUGAUGAUGAUACAAGAGGCUUCUCAGCUUCCAAAGACGGUACUAUUCUCCACUGGGAUGUAUCCUCUGGGGAAAAAGAGAUAUACAAAUGGCCAAGUGAUGAGAUUCUGAAGUCACAUGGGAUGAAAGUGAGGGAGCCUCGGAAUAAGAAACAUAGCAGAGUGACUCUUGCUUUAGCUGUAAGCUCGGAUGGUCGUUACUUGGCGUCUGGAGGAGUUGAUCGUCAUGUUCAUAUAUGGGACGUUCGUACAAGAGAACAUGUCCAGGCCUUUCCAGGUCAUAGGAACACGGUUUCUUGUCUAUGUUUCAGACACGGGUCUACGGAUCUCUAUUCCGGCUCGUUUGAUAGAAGUGUCAAGGCGUGGAAUGUAGAAGAUAGAGCUUUUGUGCAAGACAGUUUUGGACAUCAGGCUGAAGUCUUGGCCAUUGAUGCGCUAAGGAAGGAGCGUGCAGUUUCUGUUGGAAGAGAUAGAACCAUGCAAUUACACAAGAUGCCAGAGCAAGCUCGUAUGCUCUACCGCGCACCUGCAUCGUCUCUAGAGAGCUGCUGUUUCAUCAGUGAUACUGAGUAUCUGUCUGGUUCGGAUAACGGAACUGUUGCACUUUGGGGCAUGUUAAAGAAAAAACCAGUGUUUCUCCUCAAGAAUGAACAUUCUCUUAUAGCUGAUGGAGUCACCAUUAAUGAAAAUGGUGAUCAGGAUAAUGUCGAGCAUAAUAACUCUUGCACAACAAGUUCUUGGGUAAGUUCAGUUGCUGUAAGUAGAGGUAGUGAUCUAGCUGCAUCUGGAGCUGGUAAUGGUUUUGUGCAUUUGAUGGCUGUUGAAGCAAGUGCCCUUCGGCCUUUAUUCAAGCUUCCACUGGCUGGAUACGUGAACUCUUUGGCUUUUGCAAAAUCCGGCAAGUUUCUGAUUGCCGGUGUUGGACAGGAAACGCGAUUUGGAAGAUGGGGAUGCCUAAAGUCUGCGCAAAAUGGCGUCGCAAUACAUCCCUUAAGGCUGUCAUAA